AUGUAACAAUUCCUGUGAGGGCUCUUUUAUUGGCUCUAGAUGUCUUUUCAGGUAAUGUCUUAUGGCAGAGAAGUAUUGGCCCAUUAAGCAAAGCUGAUUCCGUACCCGUAGUAGAUUCUAAUGGUAAGUUUUAACUUUUAACCUAUAAGGCUUACUGAUCGAAGAUACUGUUUUAUUGUCAAUCAUGGUUAGUUUAUAUGUGUCUCUCAAUUAGUAAAGGAUCAAUGUUAUGCAAACAUAUAUGAAAAUGUUACUAAGAGAAGUUAGGAUCAUUCUAAUUGAACUGAUGCUUUCCAAGAUCUUACUCUCUUUACAAUAGUCCUUUAAUUUCACUUGUAUCCAUCAGAACAUUUUCGGCAUGAUAAUGCAGCAUCCGUCUUCCCUUGCACUCGCCCCUAGUAUCUUUAAACUUUUUCAAAUGAUCAGAAAUAUCACACAACCAAUUAUUUGCAGUUUAUCAACUUACAUCAUUCAAGCACAUUUGUCGCGACAAGAUGGGUGUCUAUUGGUUCAUUGGAUGGAUUCCUUUAUUCAUUUUCACCAACUGGGGAUCUUAAGAAAUUUUCAAGAAGAAAUACAGAUAAUUAUGUGAUUCAAGUUGGUUCUUUUCUUGAUUGCUCUGGAUUUUCUGUCUAUACUUCACAGAUAGAGAUGGAAGGAAAAGUUAGCCACACUGCUGGUGAAUUCACCACUGUUUCAGCAAUUCGACCGAAAGUUGCAUUGUUAACUAAGUUAGUUCCUGCAACUGGAUCAAUCUAUUGGUCUGAAAAUAAUCCUGGUCAACUUACAACUUCAUUAUCCAAAAGCGAUCUGAGUCAGUUUGUAGUAGAUGAGGAGAUUCUUCUUGCUUUCCUUGCUGCCUCAAAGACUGGCAACCUACUGCAAUGCCGUACUACAGGUCAGAAGCUUGCAUCAAGCUGUUCACAAGCAAGAACCAAGCUUGUCAGCAUCUACACAGGAAAUGAAAGGGUGAUAGCAUUGUUUCUGCUCUUUGAAUCAACUGUUUUGGCAAUACUUAUUGGACUAGUAAGAUUCUGCUGUUCAUUCUGGGCGAAAAAGAAGCUUCAAGACCAAGGCCUUGGAAGUUUCCUUGCCAAGCGAUGCUCUCUUCAGCUCAAAAAGAAAGCAUUGGACAGGACAAUUACCGAGCUUGAGCGAAAAGCCACAGAGGAAGCAGCAGACAGAGAGGUUUUAGAGAAACUGGUUGAUAUGUCAAAAGAAAGGGAAGGCAUUCAAAGGAAGCUAUCAACCACCUACAGUUUGGGGAGGGAUAAAAGUGAUUCACAUGCAAGAUCUAUUCUUCUUUUACAAACAGGAAAAACAAAAAGUUACUCGUUCCAAGGGACACGGGGCAAGAACAUGACAAUGUUCCACACAAUGAGUGACACAUCUUCCAGUGAAAGCAGCUAUGAAGGUGAGACCAGCAUGCUUGGCUAUAAGGACUACUCAACUAAGGCAAAAACAAAGACACUGAUGACGGAAGAUAGUUCAAGUUCAGGUUCAAGUAGUGAGAAAUUUCGAAGGAGAGGCCUUAGGAGAAACUAUUAGAAUUUAGAACUAACACGGGCAAGGAGAGUUUAUGCAGAAAGCAGAGCAGCAAGCACAUGUUUGAAUGGAACAUAAAGCUUGUUUUGCAAUAGUACCAAUUCUGGUUGUUUCACUAUGAAAUGUAAUUCUGUAGAUAACUUUCUGUGUAGUAAUUUGUUUUAAAAAAA